CCUUUCUUUGAGAACCGGAAGUAGUCACCUCGACGUAUGUUUUAGCGUUUGCACAAUUUUUAAAAUACUAAUUAUACGUGUUUAUGCCACGGUAAGACGACGUUCAGAGCUUUCAUCUUUAAUUGUGCAAUAUUAACAAUUAGAAAUUAAGUAGAAAUUAGUUCAAUUAGUUCAUACGCCAUGUUUGUAGUUGCCCGGUUACUGAAUUGAAACCAACACUCGCUCAACAGAGUCAAUAGUUUCACUUAAGAAAACGUUUCAGAGACUUUACAUCGAAACGUGGAUGAAUAAUAAAAAAACGAUUCCCACUGUUGUUGUACUGUUGUAUAGAUAGUGUUUACUUAAAAUGAGUCUACCCGACGCUAACAGUGACCUGAAAAAUGACCAGACCAUACAGGACACGCCGAUGUUUGAUGCCAGCACUUUUCAGCCCAGCACUCCACCUAGAAUAAAGAAAUUCCGUGCCCGGACCGCAUUUGAAACUUCCAGAAAACACCCAGGGAAGGCCAACGACCCCGAUGUUGCCAGCGAACUCGUUCACGGCAAAAUAACCACUUCAUCUCCUUCUAUUCACAGUGUGUUGAAUCCACCUCAGAUGUCCUUGGUUCAGGAGAAGAUACAGGAGCUGAAUGAAACAGUAUACCGCUCCAGUCAGAGGGCACCGCUGGGCAGAUCACGUAAUCAACCUAACACCAAUGACAACACUGUGCAUGGCAUCAAAACAGAAAAAGGAGUUGGUGCUAGAGAAACUAUUUAUCCUCUACAACCAUGGGGGGAUCUGCAGACACAAUAUCACGCAGGACGCAGGGGUUCUGUUAGAAGUCGCAAUUCAAUUUUUGUUGGAGAACAGAUUAAUCGGAACUACAACCCACAUCAUUUCAACAGGGACCUCACAUUUGGGAUCCGCACACCUCAUCAUAACGAUGGCCGUGGUGUGGGAAAUUCUCUGUGCUGGGUCGAAAAGCCAGAGUAGUAAGAGAGAAAAACAAAAUACAAUAUGACUCUAUGUUAUCACAUGACCACUGGGAAAAGACUGCAGUAUUGUUACCUCCUCCUCUUUCUGGUGAUGGAUUUUUCGAACUGAUAACAAACAAACUUUAUCCCUUUUUUAAUCUUGUGUCAACAUGUUAGCACUAAGCCUUGAAUAAUUUCCAUUUUAGAACCUGACAAAAUAGUUAAAUAAGAAAAAAAAAGAUUCUACAUUCCUCACUUUUGUUGUGCUUUGUGACUUUCUAUAAGACUAAGUAAUAAACAGGCGUGAUAAAA